AUGAUUGUGGUGGUGGUGUGGUGGUGCCUUAGGUGGUGGUGUGGUAGCGGUUGUGCUUUUGGCGGUGUUGGUGUUGGUGAUGUUGUUGUUAAUGGUUAUGAUUUGGGGGUGGUAUUGGUGAGGGGUGGCGGCGGCGGCGGCGGCGACGACGACGUCGACGGUGAUGAUGAUGAUGAUGAUGACGACGACGAUGAUGAUGAUGAUGAUGAU